GUCCGAAAAGUGCACAAAAUUAGUGAAAAGUGGUAGGCGACGGUGUGUGAGACCCACCGCCAAGUGUUUGGCCCCGAAAAUUGUGUGUGGCCCCGGUUUUGGCACGUGAAAUUUGUCCAAUUGUGAACUCGCAAAAAAAGAGAAAAAACCGACGCCGCCGUCGCCGCCGCCACAAAGGAAUAGGCGAAUAAGCGAGAGAAAAGGCAAAAACGAGAGAAAAGAAAAUCAAAUUGUGCGCCGCUGAUUGCGUUUCAGCAAUUUAAUAAUAUACUAAAAUCCACGGCAGCGGCAAAUUUUCACGGAUUACAAUUACUAUUGCCAUUUGCAACGAGUGUGCGCUUGUGUGUGAUUCUCGAUUUCAAUAUGAAGCGCCAAAAAUGAUUGCAGCGUUUGCAUCGUAGUCUUGAAAAGGUUUUUUUCAUUGAUUUAAUUAGAGCCACUGAAAGCGGUUGGCCAGCCCGAAAAAGGAGCAACCAGGGAUAAAGGAAUUCCUCACCAGCCUGCGCCCAGCGCCCCCUUACACGGUAACCACUGAAAGAGAAUCAAAAGGAACCACAGCCGGAAAAGGUCAGAAGUUUUAUUGCGACGACGACGAGCAGACGACAGCAGCACACAGAUACAGAAACAGCGAAAUGGACAAAAAUCUGAUGAUGCCGAAGCGUUCGCGCAUCGAUGUCAAGGGCAGCUUUGCCAACGGGCCGCUGCAAGCACGCCCACUGGUGGCCCUGCUCGAUGGACGCGACUGCUCCAUCGAGAUGCCCAUCCUGAAGGAUGUGGCCACGGUGGCCUUCUGCGAUGCACAGAGCACCUCCGAAAUACACGAGAAGGUCCUCAACGAGGCAGUUGGAGCUCUCAUGUGGCACACCAUCAUCUUGACAAAGGAGGAUCUUGAGAAGUUCAAAGCUUUACGCAUUAUCGUGCGCAUCGGCAGCGGCACAGACAACAUUGACGUGAAGGCGGCGGGCGAACUGGGCAUCGCCGUGUGCAACGUUCCCGGCUACGGAGUCGAGGAGGUGGCGGACACGACGAUGUGCCUGAUCCUCAACCUUUACCGGCGGACGUACUGGCUCGCGAAUAUGGUGCGCGAGGGCAAAAAGUUCACCGGACCCGAGCAAGUGCGGGAGGCAGCACAUGGCUGUGCACGCAUCCGCGGCGACACCUUGGGCCUGGUGGGACUCGGACGCAUCGGCAGCGCCGUGGCACUGCGGGCAAAGGCGUUCGGCUUCAACGUCAUCUUCUACGAUCCCUACCUGCCCGACGGCAUCGACAAGUCGCUGGGCCUCACACGCGUCUACACGCUGCAGGACCUGCUUUUCCAGUCCGACUGCGUCUCACUGCAUUGCACGCUCAAUGAGCAUAACCAUCAUUUAAUCAAUGAAUUCACAAUUAAACAGAUGCGACCUGGUGCAUUUCUGGUGAACACCGCCCGCGGCGGUCUGGUCGAUGACGAGACCCUGGCGUUGGCGCUGAAGCAGGGAAGGAUAAGAGCUGCCGCCCUGGACGUGCACGAAAACGAACCUUACAAUGUAUUUCAAGGCGCACUGAAGGAUGCCCCCAAUCUGAUUUGCACACCGCACGCCGCCUUCUUCAGCGACGCGUCCGCCACGGAGCUGCGCGAAAUGGCAGCCACCGAGAUCCGGCGGGCGAUCGUCGGCAAUAUUCCAGACGUGCUGAGGAACUGCGUCAACAAGGAGUACUUCAUGCGCACGCCGCCUGCCGCUACCGCCGGGGGCGUGGCGGCGGCUGUUUAUCCCGAAGGAUUAAAUGGCGGCUAUUAUACAGGCGCACUGCAUCACCGGGCACACAGCACCACGCCGCACGAUGGUCCCCACAGUACAACCAACCUGGGCAGCACCGUAGGAGGCGGUCCGACGACAGUCGCUCAAGCUGCCGCUGCAGCCGUGGCCGCUGCGGCAGCCGCCGCCGCCCUCCUGCCGUCGCCGGUACCGCCGCACUUGUCGCCCCAGGUCGGCGGAUUGCCACUUGGAAUUGUGAGUAGCCAAUCGCCCCUGAGUGCGCCCGACCCUAAUAAUCAUCUGUCAUCGAGCAUAAAAACGGAGGUGAAGGCCGAGUCAACGGAGGCGCCGUAGGCUUCUGCUGUCCAAAUGGCUGAAGCCGAAACCGAAGCUGGAGCCGGAGGGCUGGAGUUGAUGACAACGGGCAGUGGCGCAAUGGAGUCCAGCACACACAACCGGCCAACAGAAGAAGGCGGCAGAGGAGGAGGAGGAGGAGCGAGCAGUCAGUCCCCUGAAGAUUUAAAGUAAAGGAAAACCAACAACCAAGGAGGAGCAGCAGGCGGGAUCCAGUCCCUAAGGAUUAAAAUAAAAGAAUUGAAAAGAAAAGCAAACCAACCCAACCCAACCCCCGAGGAGUAGUAGUCAUCUAUGUGGAGUCCCCUAUUCGUGCCGUUUGUUCUUUUGUUCCGAUUGCAAAACAGAUUCCUUGCGCGCCUGUGCCAGCGCUUGAUUUGAAUAUUUCCAAGUUUCUAUGUUUUAAUUUAAAAUACAAUACAUAUUUGCAUUACCAAUCCCCCAAACAAACAACAAAACAAAAAACAAAACAAAACACAACCAUAAUAAACAACGCAGGAAAUCGAGGAGCAGCAGUUCGAUCGAUGAGGAGUAUGAUUGAGAUGAUCCCACACACAACACGCCUCAAAAUUUACUACAUAUUUAGACUUUAAUUUGUAACUAUUUAGAAUUUUACAGUUACAAUUUAAGAUUUUUAUUUGUAUUGCAGCAAAUUGUAAGUGAAAAUAUGUUACUACAUAUAAGCGCAAAAACAAACGCAAAUGUUGGAAAAUUUUAAUUACGAGAAACGAACACAAUUAUGGCAUACAAAAUAAAAAAAAAAUAAUAAAUAAAAACAAAA